UUCGGGAAAAUACCACAUGCGGUCGAGAAUGCGAUUAUCAUCUCCUAGAGAAUACUAUUAGAAACUAGGGCUUUGGAUACCUUACAUGUAUUAUUGUAACCAAGUAAGACCUCAAAUAUUAGCACAGCCACAAGGCAGCACCGUCAUCAUGAUCAACUACAUCCUGCUCGUAUCACGACAAGGCAAAGUUCGUCUUGCGAAAUGGUUCUCGACCAUGCCGCCCAAGACGAAAGCCAAGAUCGUAAAGGACGUUACUCAGCUCGUCCUGGCUCGGCGCACGCGGAUGUGUAAUUUCCUGGAGUACAAGGACACCAAGGUCGUGUACCGCCGAUACGCGUCGCUGUUCUUCGUUUGUGGGAUUGCCUCAGGGGAUAACGAACUCAUUACACUCGAGAUUAUUCACCGCUACGUCGAAGUUUUGGACCGAUACUUUGGAAAUGUAUGUGAGCUGGACCUCAUCUUCAAUUUCCAGAAAGCUUAUGCGAUCCUGGACGAGCUCAUAAUCGCAGGAGAGAUGCAAGAAUCGUCCAAGAAGUCAGUCCUGCGCGUGGUCACGCAAUCGGAUAGUGUCGAAGAGCAAGAGUCCUCCGAGGACAUCAUAGGUCGUUUGGGAGCUGCACGCGGUUAGAUUUCAUUUUCUUUCCUGUAAUGCUGGCUAUAUCUAUAGCAUUUCAAGGCCCAUUGAUCCGCUGAAAGCUACAGUCGGCGGCUUAGGAAGGCAUGGCACAGAUGGUGUCUGGAUAGUGGAUGUCUCAUACCUGAGAGGUAUGCGUGGGUGAUACCAACAACAGUAGUGGCAGUAUC